AUGUGUAGUCAGGCCAACAGACAGACAGGCGGUCAUCCAAACUCGCCUCCGCUGCCAUCGAUUCAAGCGAUGGUGCACCCUCAGUGUUUAUCAUCAGGACUCGGUUGUCCCGUACGCCGAUUUGAGCUGGUCAUUUCGAUCAACUUGCCUGAUCGUUGCUCAAGUGUCUAUUCCACGCAACAGUUACCGGUCACCUUUCAUACCCGCCCCAUCGCGCGCGUGGAAACAGGGAAACCGGGGUCUACGCGCAAAAAGCGUGUGAGUUCUAGCCUGAGGCAUCGUCAAGGCCUAGACCUUGCGAGCAUGGCACGGUCAAUGGGGAAAGAAGAGGGUUUUAAAUGGUUUCUCUUCACCUUUCAUGCUCACAAUCACCACUCUCGAUCAACAGACAUCCGUUUCGUAUGA